AUCGAACGAAAUCGCGGAGUGCCUCGCCGGAACUCCUUACACUGCUCCUGAGAGCUCCUCCGUCUCCGUCAAAGCAUUCCUCCAACCACUCCUUCUUCCGCCGCCGUCCGAUGCUUCCAACACCACCACUGCCCUAAGCGAUUCCAUCAAGGACUUCGCCCUCGCCUGCACGCUCUUAUCCUCCGCUUCAACCUUCAAGCCCUUCACCUCCGACCAAUCCACGCUCCUAUCCUGGAUCCCCACGCACCUCUCCUCACUCGCCGCGGCCUCCUUCCUUGAAUUCUCCCAACAAUACGCUGCCGCCGCAGCGGAUGAGGGUGGGAUCUUCGAUAACGUUGCCGAGUUCGGGCUGAGUUGUGACUCGCUCCCGAACGAGAAGAGGUUGGUGGUGGAGCUGGUUCCUGAGGUGUUGCCGCUUCUCAAGGAGAGGAUAAAGGAGAGCUCCAUUGAUAAGAGUGAUGAUAAUGAUGAGUUCUCCGCUGCUUCAGCUAGGGUGCCGGUUGGGUUUGCCGUUCUGGCUGCUUUUCAGUUACGAUGGUUUGUCACUCAGGUUGAUUAUCCUCUUUUGGGCAAGUUUUAUGGAUUGGUGAUUCCUUGUUCGCUGACUGCCAUUGAUCAUUGGUCGCCAGAGGUGAAGGGGCAGGGGAUGGUUUGUUUUGCACAUCUUGGAAAAAAUGUUGCUGCUGCUGAGAUUGGUUCAUAUGCGGAUGUGAUUCUUGAUGCUUGUUGCCAGAAUAUUGCUUCUACGGAUGAGAUAUGGCAGCAGGUGGUUGAGACAUCAGUAGUUAUUUCAACUCUGACUCAGAGAAGUAAUCCACGUAGUCCCUGGUUUGAAAAGAUGCUAAAUGAGAUGUUAAGUCACUUGGAGCGCCAGCCCAAAAACAAAGAACGCCGCAUUGCAUGGCUUAAAUUUUCCGAUUCAAUAUUUAAUGCAGUUGGUCUUGUGUUAUUAGCACACUUCAGGCGCAUUUUCCCUUUAUUUUUUCAGUGGAUGCAUGUCGAUGACGAUGAGACUCUUAUUUUGGUUCUAAAAUGUACUUAUGUAGUUCUGAGAUUGACUUGGGUUAGGAACUCACCAUAUGUUGAAAGAUUGGUAGAUGAACUUGCCCUCGUUUAUAAGGAGGCAGCUUUGAGAACGGCUAGAGAGGAGGUUAGAUCAAAUAUAUAUCAGAUACUAAUCCUACUUCAAGGAACCAAAGGCCAGCAUUUCGCAGCAGCUUGGGAGAAGCAUCGAUCUGAUCCAAACUUGGCCAAGCUUGAUCUUCCAUUAAGUGGAAGAGACAGCAUUACUCCGCCUCCACAGCAUUGCCAUCAGCAGGGAUCUACACCCCCUUCAAACAUGAUUAGAUAGCAUUCAUGUAUCUGGUUAUGGAAGUGCUUGACAUGGUCUCCACUAAUUGAGGUACCUGACCAUGAAUGUUUUUGUAAAGUUUGAUCUAGUUAAAAUUUUGGGAUCAUUUCGAAUUAUGUGAUUCAAAAUAGAGUCUAUAUGAGAAUCAGUAAACGAGACAAUUUUGGGCAUCAA